UAGUCGUCGACCUUUCUUUACUUCAUAUUCAAAACCCUCAAUAGUGUUUUUUAGGCCUGAAUUGGCACACCCCAGGUCUUCGAAGCAGUAUAAAAGAGAGGGAACCAUAGCAAUUUCAAAGUCUCCCUCUCUCUUUCCCUCUCUCUCUCUUCGAUCUUUCUCGUAUACCCUUUCUUGUGCUUCAAUUUGAAGCUGUCUUUGUUUGUUCUUUUUCCGUUUACAAUCUGGGUAUCCGGUGUUCGUCCUUUUGUCCCCUUUAGGGUUUCGGCCGUACACUUGCGAAGGGGUUUUAAAGAAACCCGACUCCACGGUUUUCAACUAGGGUUUUACUUUACAAUCUUUCUUGAUCCCUCUGCGAUGGCGGCGGAGAAGCUUAGGGACUUAAGUCAGCCGAUUGAUGUUGGUUUACUUGAUGCUACCGUUGCUGCCUUUUAUGGCACUGGAUCUAAAGAGGAGAGGACUGCCGCUGAUCAUAUACUGCGAGAAUUGCAAAAUAAUCCAGACAUGUGGCUUCAAGUGGUUCACAUUCUAUCAAACACACAGAAUUUGAAUACCAAGUUCUUUGCUUUACAGGUUCUUGAAGGUGUUAUCAAGUACAGGUGGAAUGUUUUGCCUGUUGAACAGCGAGAUGGAAUGAAAAACUACAUAUCGGAUGUUAUUGUGAAGCUUUCAAGCAACGAGGGUUCUUUCCGCCAAGAAAGGUUGUAUGUCAAUAAACUUAACAUUAUACUAGUUCAGAUUUUGAAACAUGAAUGGCCAGCGAAGUGGCGCAGCUUUAUUCCUGACCUGGUUACAGCAGCAAAAACUAGUGAAACAAUCUGUGAGAACUGCAUGGCUAUACUGAAACUUCUAAGUGAGGAGGUGUUUGAUUUCUCAAGGGGUGAAAUGACCCAACAGAAGAUAAAAGAGCUCAAACAAUCUUUGAACAGCGAGUUUCAACUCAUUCAUGAGUUAUGCUUAUAUGUGCUAUCAGCAUCUCAAAGAACUGAGCUGAUCAGGGCUACUCUGGCCACAUUGCAUGCUUUCCUUUCGUGGAUUCCAUUGGGAUAUAUUUUUGAGUCUCCACUGCUGGAAACACUCCUGAAAUUUUUUCCUGUGCCAUCAUAUCGUAAUCUGACCCUUCAGUGCUUGACAGAGGUUGCAGCCCUUAACUUUGGGGAUUUCUACAAUAUGCAAUAUGUUAACAUGUAUAACAUAUUCAUGGUCCAGUUGCAGACUGUUCUUCCAACAAGUGCGAAUAUACCUGAUGCAUAUGCACAUGGCUCUAGUGAAGAACAGGCGUUUAUUCAGAAUCUGGCAUUGUUUUUCACUUCAUUUUACAAGUUUCAUAUUCGUGUCCUGGAGUCCACACAAGAAAACAUCAAUUCGCUUUUGAUGGGCCUAGAGUAUCUCACAAACAUUUCUUAUGUCGAUGACACAGAAGUUUUCAAGGUUUGCUUGGACUACUGGAAUUCUUUAGUGACGGAACUUUUUGAGGCAAACCACAAUCUCGACAACCAUGCAGCAGCUGCAAACAUGAUGGGACUGCAGAUGCCAAUGAUUCCUGGUAUGGUUGAUGGUGUUGGUACACAGUUGUUGCAAAGACGGCAACUCUAUGCUGGACCAAUGUCAAAAUUAAGAUUGCUUAUGAUAUCUCGCAUGGCAAAGCCUGAAGAGGUUCUGAUUGUGGAAGAUGAAAAUGGGAAUAUCGUUCGUGAAACCUUGAAGGAUAAUGAUGUCCUUGUUCAGUAUAAGAUUAUGAGAGAGACACUUAUCUACUUAUCACAUCUUGAUCAUGAUGAUACUGAAAAACAGAUGCUAAAGAAACUGAGUAAACAACUCAAUGGUGAGGAUUGGACUUGGAAUAACUUGAACACACUAUGCUGGGCGAUAGGAUCUAUUUCCGGGUCCAUGAUGGAAGACCAGGAGAACAGGUUUCUUGUUAUGGUUAUCCGUGAUCUACUGAAUCUGUGUGAAAUUACAAAAGGGAAGGACAACAAAGCUGUUAUCGCGAGUAAUAUAAUGUAUGUUGUGGGACAAUAUCCGAGAUUUUUACGAGCCCAUUGGAAGUUUCUGAAGACUGUUGUAAACAAGUUAUUUGAGUUCAUGCAUGAAACACAUCCAGGAGUUCAGGAUAUGGCUUGCGAUACAUUUUUGAAGAUUGUACAGAAAUGCAAGCGCAAGUUUGUCAUAGUGCAAGUUGGAGAGAAUGAACCAUUUGUCUCGGAACUUCUUACAACUCUUCCAACAACAAUUGCAGACCUUGAGCCUCAUCAGAUACAUACGUUUUAUGAAUCUGUUGGUCAGAUGAUUCAAGCAGAAUCUGAGGCAUCAAAACGGGAUGAGUAUUUGCAGAGGCUGAUGAGUCUUCCCAAUCAGAAAUGGGCCGAGAUCAUAGGCCAUGCACGUGGCAAUGUGGACUUUUUGAAGGAUCAAGAUGUUAUUAGGACCGUGCUUAAUAUAUUGCAGACAAAUACAAGUGCUGCCACUGCGCUUGGGACUUAUUUCUUACCACAAAUAACCCUGAUCUUUUUGGACAUGCUGAAUGUUUAUAAAAUGUACAGUGAACUUAUAUCAUCUGGCAUUGCUGAAGGGGGGCCCUAUGCUUCUAGGAGUUCUUAUGUGAAGCUUCUGAGGUCUGUGAAGAAGGAAACCCUUAAGCUCAUUGAGACUUUCCUUGAUAAGGCUGAAGAUCAACCCCAAAUCGGAAAGCAAUUUGUGCCCCCUAUGAUGGAUCCUGUGCUUGGUGACUAUGCUCGGAACUUGCCUGAUGCUAGAGAAUCGGAAGUUUUGUCUCUAUUCGCCACAAUCAUAAACAAGUACAAAAUUGCAAUGAUAGAUGAUGUUCCCCGUAUAUUUGAAGCUAUUUUUCAGUGCACCCUGGAGAUGAUAACCAAGAAUUUUGAAGAUUACCCUGAACACCGACUCAAGUUUUUUUCAUUACUUCGGGCCAUUGCUACACAUUGCUUUCAAGCAUUAAUCUUGUUGUCACCUGAGCAAUUAAAGCUUGUAAUGGAUUCUGUCAUGUGGGCUUUUCGACACACUGAGAGGAACAUUGCUGAGACCGGUCUUAAUCUUUUGUUGGAGAUGCUUAAGAACUUUCAGAACUCUGAGUUCUGUAACCAAUACUUUCGGUCUUACUUUGUGCUGAUUGUGCAAGAAAUAUUUGCUGUCUUGACCGACACAUUCCAUAAACCGGGAUUUAAGUUGCAUGUGUUGGUGCUACAACACUUAUUCUGCUUGGUGGAAUCUGGUUCGUUGACUGAGCCUUUAUGGGAUGCAUCCACUGUUCCAUAUCCGUAUCCUAACAACGGGAUGUUUGUUAGAGAGUAUACGAUUAAACUUCUGGGCGCCUCUUUUCCCAACAUUCCAGCAUCUGAGGUUGCAAAAUUUGUGAAUGGACUCUUCGAGUCAAGAGCCGACCUCUCUACGUUCAAAAAUCACAUACGGGACUUCCUUGUACAGUCUAAAGAAUUUUCAGCACAAGACAACAAGGAUCUAUACGCAGAAGAAGCAGCUGCUCAGAGAGAGAGGGAGAGACAACGAAUGCUAAGCAUUCCUGGACUUAUUGCACCAAACGAGAUUCAAGAUGAGAUGGCGGACUCAUAGAAAGCAUGGUGAAUGAAGGAUGUAGCUAUUUUUCGUUGGUUUUGUUUUUUCAAUGUGGCGGGGGCAGUGCGAUUCUGCUACCCUACAUUUGUGGAGAGAUCCUUAGAAUCCAUUCUCCCUCAAAAAACAUUUGGUUUUCAAGAUUUAGCUCAAAGUUUUCUUUAAUUCUGAGCUGAGUGGUGUUUGGGCAUUCUGAUGGUAUUGGUGAUGGGUGGUGGUGGUGGUGGUGUAGAGCAGUGGUAGCAGUAGAUGGUGGUGGUGGUAUUAAUGUAGGAGGGAAUAUAGGGAUUGGUGAUAGACAUUGUAGUUGUUGAUGAUGAAAACAUGGUUGUGGCUUGUGUUUUCAAAUACUUGUAAUGUAUGGGAAUCAUUUUUAAAACAAUUGGUGAAUGGAUCAAUAGCUAGUAUUAUCAAUUACUAUU